UACCGUUCCAAUACGAGCUGGCGACAAGGUGCUUGUGGGACGAUAUGGAGUCACUCUCGCUAUCCAAGUGGUUCGACGAAGACCAGCCAAAAUGGCCGCCAUCCACCCAAAGAUCGCAGGCGAGCGAGAUUGCGAGUCUCAGUAACGAAGCCAUCGGAAACAGCCCGCUGUGGUGUCGUGAUGUCGAUGGGGAGAGUGGCAAUGCGGAACUCCCAUGCUGCACAAGCAUGUCGGUCAUCACAGAGGCCCGGUCCACGAAGAGCAGAUCGUCGUUUUCCGUUGGAGAGCUCUUGCUGGACAACGAAUGUGGAGCAGACAAGCUGCCGAUCCCAGCUGGAGACACCGGGGCUCGGUCUCUGUCGUUGUGGCCUUCGGCACCGAUGCCCCAAACACUCGAUAAUUCAACCACGAGCAGCCCCACUCCAGCCGAGGAAGAGACACAAGCGACACAACCUCCGCUAACGACAUCAUUAUCACCUGCAGCAUUGCUUUCAUCGUCAUCACCACCACCUCUUCCAAUUCCGCCAAGGAGCCGGUAUGAUCCCCGCACGCAACGCAUUCGCAAACUUCUCCAGCAGCAGGCCAGCGCCGGUCUCUCUCGUCACACACCGAGACAGUCGGCUGAUAUCCUCCAUGAGGGCGUCGAGAUUUUGGUGGACAUUGGGCUUGAUGUGGACUGGCUUAAGGACCGGGUCCACAGCGAGCGUAAUUACAACCAACUUGCCUUGGCGGGACUCGAACGGGCACUUCGACAGGUCGGCGAGCUGGGUGGUCAUGCUGUGGACUGGACAUAGCCAAUCAUCAAACAGGGAAGGAAUACAUAUAUCGC